CAAAAUCCUAUUGGUCACCGCACGACACCGUACUGGGACUAACCAAAUGAACGAAACUCGAUUGUCUUCCAGAACACUGUAAGCACAAAGCUCUAAGCUUCUGAAUGCUAAUCCAAAUCUUCACGUCAAGGUCUCAGUUUCUUCAGAAAUGUCUAAAGAUCUUGGUGAUUUUCUGGCACAAUUCCUCUCUGGUGCAUCAAGUGACUUGUCACCAUGGUCUACAUUAGCACAAAAGGGGAUCUUAAAAAUCAGGCUACUCCGUUUCUGGCUGGGCUUGCACUAGCUGCUGCUGCUCUUGCUGGUAGAUAUGGAGUCCAGGCUUGGCAAGCAUUCAAGGCUCGUCCGCCAAAACCCAGGAUCCGCAAAUUCUAUGAAGGUGGUUUCCAGCCUACAAUGACAAAAAGGGAAGCAGCUCUUAUUCUUGGCAUUAGGGAGAAUGCGACUGCAGACAAGGUGAAGGAAGCACAUAGGAGGGUCAUGGUGGCAAACCAUCCUGAUGCAGGUGGUAGUCAUUACCUUGCUUCCAAAAUCAAUGAAGCCAAGGAUGUCAUGCUUGGCAAGACCAGGGGUAACGAAUCCCCAUUUUGAAUCUACUCCUUCCCAUGAAUUCUGCUCUGUACAUGAAAUUUAGUAAUUGUAAUCUAUUUGUUUUAUAAGAAAUAAAUUUAAUUCACAGAACCAAAAAAAAAUAAAAAAAUAAAAUUUGCGUCAA